UGUGUGGUGACAUAUAUGAUAUAAGCCGACUCGUGGGAUCGGACUCUGGGGCCCGCGAUUCUCUCGCUCCCAACCUUCCACGACACACUUACAGCCCAUCCGUCAUUCGCUUACUCCCAGCCUUACAUAUCACAUUCACAGCCUGUUCGUUACUCGUUUGCUCAGAACCCAAUAUCAAACAAUAAUUGCUGCACAUCCUGGAUUCUGGGCGCCCAUCAUCAUGUCUGCUCCUUCACCCGACCGUCAUGUCCACGCUCCAACUCCAGCAAUCCCCCGUCCGCUGCAAGGCGUAUGGCGUGACCGUUACGCGGCUCGCUGGCCUACUCGGCCCUUAACGCUCAAUCCACGCCAAGAGCAAGAACAAGAACCACGAGAAGGACAACAACAAGAUGCAACGCACUCCCAAGACGGAAGCCGGCUCCUCCUUUGUUGGGAACGUCAGGAUGAAGAAUCUGGGCCCUCUACUAACGCCCGCAACACACAAGAGAACUCUUCCUCCUCGGAGUCCUCCCUGAUGAGCCUGCCUCCCGAGCUUCUUCUCCUGAUCUUGGAGUACGUCGGCCUGAGGUUCUUCCGCGAGGAUACUCGCCGACUCGCCGUUUGCAAGGGGUGGUACCAGGUCGCCCGACGGGUAUUUGCCAGCGAGCUCGUCCUGAGGUUGGACAUGCUGCCGCGUUUCACCAGCGACGGUGGACUCUUCCGCCGGAUACAGUCACACGUGAGAGACGUCAGGCUGUCACUCGGUCUCGAGGAUCCGGUCCCGACCAUCCCUAAGGACGUUCCCUUCUUCAUCCAGCUCGAUCGAAAAAAGUACAUCGAUCGAAUUUUACCGUCCGACAGGGACUACCACGUCCUUCUGCCCCGGGCUGCGAAGAAGCUCCAGCAAUGUCCGGGCCUGCGGUCUCUCAGCAUAGUUUUUUGGUAUACCCCCGCGUGGUAUGAACUGAUACUCGAUCUCGGUCUCCUCGACCUCGAGCAUCUGACGUCGCUCGAGAUCGACGGCAUGGUUCUUCCCAGCUACAUGAACGGCCGUCAGCAGUCUGACUGCUUGGGUUGCCGCAUCAACAAGCUGCUCCCGAAAUUGCGGCGACUCCGCUUCAGGAUGUACCCGCUCUGUCACGGGCUGCUGGAAUCAUCGACGGUGGUUGAGGAAGGUAGGCCUAUUCCUCUGGAGGAGCUGAUAGUCAACAUUGACUAUCACGAGGCCGGAGCUCGGUCUAAGGAGGCUGUAUUCCAAUAUUUCAAUGAAUAUUACCGGUGGCACGAUGGUCAACCCAUGCUACCCCGCGGCGCCGCUUCUAAUGCGCCCAUCCGACAGCAGGCGGCGGUGCUUGCCUGGCACAUGGCGCGACCUAGAAUGGUGCGAGUCAUCCAGUACAACGCCAAGACCGGAAAAGUGUACGCGUUCGACGCCCUAACGGGGCGCAGGUCACUGCUGCCGCCGAACAAAUACGGAUGGGAUUGCGAGGGGAAGGUGGUCGCUGGUCAGGACGACUGCAGCGUUUGGGAAUGGCGGAAACAGGUCGCACAGUGGGUGCUUGGGCCGCAAUUGGAAAUGAUUGAUCGGGGGGUUGGUAGAGCGAUCCGCGAAUGAUGUAGACUUCAGACGUUCAGAGUUUAAAGAACGGGUUGGCUCCCCUAAUAUGGAGAGACAUAGCAUGUAUUUUAUAAACUUCUCCGGUUUCCCUGGAUUUGUGUUUGGUUAGCGAAGCUUGGAGUCGGUACCCAUCCGAAUUCGCUGGAUCUCAUCCAGUAACGGCCGAUAUAAAGGAAUUUUCAUCGUAUG